AUGUCCAAAGCAGCUCCCGCCAAAAAACCGGCGCCUGCCCCCCCGCCCUCGGGGUGUACCCUGGAUAUCAACGACCCUCAGGUCCAGAGCGCGGCCAUUCGCAUCCAGGCCUCUUACCGGGGCCACAGGUCCCGGAAGGAGCUGCGCGAGAAGGGGCCGCCACGGGUGCUGGAACCGCUGAAGGACGUGGUGCUAAUCGAGGGCAGCGCCGCCAAGCUGACUUGCCGCAUCUCGGCUUUCCCGGACCCGUUCAUCCGCUGGAGUAAGGACGGCAAGGAGCUGCGCGACGGGCCCAAGUACCGUUAUGUCUUCGAGGAUCCCGACGUAGUGGCACUGGUGGUGCGUGACGGCGACCUGGCUGACCUGGGCCAGUACAGCAUCAACGUAACCAAUCCCUUCGGCCAGUGUUCCGACUCGGCGCGCAUCCUCGUGGAAGUUCCGGCGAAGAUUCAAAAGGGUCCGGACAACACCAAGGCGCGCAAAGGCACCACGGUGACGCUGACUGCGGAGAUCCUGGGCGAGCCUGCGCCCGACGUGGGCUGGACCAAGGAUGGGACGGACAUCGAGGAGGAUGACAGGGUGUUCUUCGAGAUCGGCAGCACCACCACGACGCUGACCAUCCGCCGGGCCACGCCUGAAGACAGCGGCAAAUACGAGGUGUUCGUCGAGAACAGCCUAGGCAUGGACCAGAGCUUCGCUCGCGUGGACGUGGUGUGAACGGGCCCGCGGACCUCGCGCUAGCUCCAAGCGCGGGGGCGAGUGGGACCCACGGCCCUCCUCCGUCCUAAUAAAGCUGCUCUGUGCGACCC